AAAAAUAUAUAUAAAAUGUGAUUUUUAGUGAUUAUUUUUGAGAAAAGUGAUUGCUCCAAAACAUCUUUGCGCCUCCGGUUCGAAGACACUGUUGCGUACGGUACCUUCAUUUCGUCUCACCUACAGCCUCCAUCCCAUAUUCGGUCCCUUUCAUGUAUCGUCUACUUAGCUGAGCAGUCCGACUGGUAUGCAAAGCCGAACGUAAUAGAAAGCAUGUUCAAGACGAAAAGAUUUGUACGGCUUUGUGAAGCAUGGUUGAACGACAUUAAAAUCUAACUUUCAAAAGCUUGAUGGGAAACUGUUUUUCCUCUUGAUACAUCUUUACUUGAUCCCAGAUGGAUGAUUUGUUGAAUAAUCAGAUUUUUGCAAUCCACGCAAUUGCUGCAGCAGGGUCGGUGACAUUAGGCACAGCUCUCACGUACCCUCUUGAUACCAUAAAAGUUCUUGUUCAGGUUGGCUCGGGUUCUAAUAAACCGUUGACGACUACUCAGGCUAUAAACAGAAUCAGGUCUUUAUCAGGAAAUUCAGGCUUGUAUAAUGGUUUUGGCUGGUUGGCACUGGGAAGAGUAUUAGGUGUGGGAACUCGUUUUGGAAUCUAUGAAAUCUUGACAGCCUUUUACAAAGAUGGUCGAGAAGACAACUAUAUAUAUGUGUCUGAGGCACUUAUGGCAGGAAUUGUAUCUGGUGCAGUAGAAUCACUCAUAAGCUCUCCUUUUGAACUUAUUAAACUCCGUGCUCAGGUGGCUACUGCAUCUCGUGUUCCAAGCUCUGCCUCUAGUACUAAAAAGGUUGCUGUUUCACCUAUUAUUGAAAGAUUACUGCGUGGAUAUACUCCGGACAUGAAAACACUGAAUUGUUCAGCUGGCCUUUUGUCCACACUAACAAGCAAACAUCCCAAUAUGAUGGGUGCUUUGCAAGAGUAUCCAUGGAUGAUGACUGGGUCUGGGAGGCCACCAUCAGUAUCCAAUGUUACGAGACCAUCUCAAAUUAUCUCUUUGGAAGGAUGGGAAGCAUUAUGGAGAGGUCUUGGGUCAGGAGUUGUUCGGGAUUCUGUUUUUGGUGGCAUCUUCUUUUCUAGCUGGCAAUUCCUGCACCAAGCAUUGUUAUACUGGAAGGCAGCUGGGAUGAAUCCACCACCAAGGUCAGAUGAUGAAAUCCCUCCGUUGUCUCCUUUAGCUGUAAGUCUUACUGCUGGAAUUUCUGGUUCAGUUGCAGCAGCUGCUUCUCAUGGUUUUGACACUGCAAAGUGUCGGUCACAAUGUAUUGUGCUGCCUAAGUUUGUCUUCCUGGAGAGGAAGCUUCUCAAAUGGAGACGACCAGGGAAUAGGUUUGAGAGAGUUACAGGGAUCCAUCCUGCAGAUAGAAAUGUCCUGUUCAAUGGCAUUUGGUUGCGGGUGGCUCGCAGCGGGAUUGCAUCGUUCAUGAUCGUGGGCAGUUAUUUCUUGGCUGUUGAUCACCUUGUUUCAAGAGGAACUAAAUUGACAUAGUAUGCUUUCAACUAGAGAUAGAGAAAGAUAAAUAUUGUGGAUUUUUGUGUAACUUUUACACCGUUGUUUCUCAACAAAAACUUGCAUAUCAUUUAAUUUCCUGGAGAUUAACACCAUAUAUUCAAUCUUCCCUUUUUCUCAGAGUAGAUUUUUAUGUAAUUAACAGGUCCAAACUCGAAGUGAAAACAUAUUUCAAGCAAUUGAAGAGGGAUAUUAAUUAAUUUUUUACAGAAUGGUUUAGAGAUUAUUUUCUCA